CGGCCGCUCCAGCCGCCGUCAGUCGCCGCCGGGCCCUCGGCGGCGCUUGGUGCCGUCGCCGCCCCCGCGUGCGCCAUCGCCAUGCACAGGCAGACCGCCGAGGACCGAGUGUUCAUGCUGGCGGCCGCCGGUGCCAGCGCCACGGUGCUGCACCUGCAGUCGCUGCAGCCCGAUCCGUCAGAGGACGCCGUGCCGCGUGGCCGAGAGAUGGGUGACGCCACGGAGUUCCGUCACGAGCUGGCGCUGGGCGGUGACCAGAAGGCGCUCAGCCUGGCCUACCGGGAGCUGCGCGAUGUAUCAAACUUCGUGGCCGAUCAGCACGGCGCCAAUAUCAAUUACCUGGAUCUCAGUCACAACAAGAUCAGGAAUCUGCAGUUUCUGGUGCAGUUCGAGCGCCUGGCCACGCUGAUAUUGGACCACAACCGUGUGAUGUCGUACAGCUCGCUGCCGCCGAUGCCUCAUCUCACCACACUCUGGGUCAACCACAACAAGAUCAAGGAUCUACAGCCGUUCCUGCGGUCGUUGCGGUUCAACUGUCCGAACCUCAGGCACCUGAGUAUGAUCGGCAACCCGAGCGUGCCUUCGCUGGUGCGCGGAUCGUCACGCGGCAAUCUCCAUCGAUACAGGACCAUGGUGUUGAUGUACUUCCCGCGGCUGGUCAGUCUGGACCAGCAGAGGGUGCAGGCCUGGGAGCGACCCGACUCGGACACCCUCUGGGACAAGGUCACCUCUCCCCAGAACUGGCGACAGGUGCAGCGGAAGGUUUCCGUGACGGCCUCAGAUGUGGCCGAUAAGGUCUCCAGCACCGUCGGCCAGGGCUUCGACCGCGUGGCCACCUGGUGGGGGUCACAACGGACCGAGCCCGACGACACCCGGCAGCCCGUUCCGAGAAACGUGCCCGUCUGAAAUGACCUGUGGCUGAGUGCCCCUCGUCUGAGGCGACCUCCCAGUUCCUACUUACAUACGGUGCAUUGGGCGCCCUUCGUCGGAUGGCUGAGUUGCAACUGGCUGAUAUAUUUUCCGUCCCAUUUAACUCUCCUCUAGUGGAGGGGAAUGCCGGACGUUGCUCAAGUUCUGUUUGACAGACUUGCGCCAUGACAUUGGCUGUGUAAAGACCCGCCCUCAUGAUGUGUUAUGAUUCUGGAUAUUAAUCAAUCCUGGAGCUCCUGCAGUCCGUUGCGCUAAUUUCGUGGUGAUGGUCUGACAAAAGGCCCUUGGUGAUCAAAUGCUGGAUAAAUGGUCAUAUUUUGAUCGUCAGUAAGUGCAUGAAAUCCCCGCUGCCACUCUGCAUUGUGUGAUGUCUUGAACUUGAGAUAUAGUUGUUUGAAAAUCUA